AUGUCAGCACUUUCGACAGGGAGCACUCAAUUAGAGUCUGAACUGCCCCUGGGGGACGGGGACGGUGCGUUCGCUUAUUCGGAGAAUACGUCGCAAGGCUAUGUUGCCGCGGACUUCUCCAAGUAUUCAGAUGGAAUUUAUGGAACGCCUACCUUUGAGGACAUUCCGGGACUUUUUUUUGUCUCCAUCAACAGAGACCCCUUUGAUGUUGGAGAUGCGUAUCAAAUUUCGUCACUGGCUGCGCUUCAACCGGACGAUAACAUUCUUUCAGAGUUAACCCAUACACAGUUAAGCAGUGGAUCAGCACAGUUUCUUGAUAGAGAUCCACUAGAUCCUUUAAACAGUGAAAAUCUUCCUAAUUUCAGAUCACCAUUUCAUCCUGGAAUGGCUGAAGUCCCAGCCAACUACCGCAACAUCGUGGCAUAUGGAGUUGUCAUAUCUAAAUUGCCAUCUCAUCCUAGUGCGGAUAAUCUGAUCGAGUUUACACGAAAUUAUCCACAGCGCAUGCUGGAUAUCGAAUACUGGCCGCCGUUUAUCCACAGUAGACUCUACCGCUGUUCUGCUGGAGGCGUAUCUGAGCCUGUGGCCAUUGCACUCUGCUGUCUUUCUGCGCGAUUGAACGGGUUCGAGAGCAGUGUCCAGUUCCUCAAUAAUAUGAUUGACAACGAGCGGGCUCGUUUACUGGACAGCUUUAUGACCCGGAAAAUGUGCAGAGAUUACCAGCCGUUCCUGUUUAAUCAUCACGACAAAGCGGACUGGGAGACCUGGCAACUAGCAGAAACUCUGCGACGGACCGUUCACUUGGUCAAUGUGAUCAACAAGCUAUCGCAGUUGAUAAAAAGUGCGGCUUCGAAUUUCUACGAGCCACUUGACGAUGAUCUCGUGUUUAAUAUUGCUCUGCCUGCUCCCGAUGUCCUUUGGAAGGCCCGUACUGCCGAGGAGUUCGAAAAGGCAAAGCUAGAGAUAGCAAGCAGUUCCAUUCUGCAAAUACCUCGCACGCUGUUGCAGCGAUCAGGGGCUUCCUUAGAGAGUAUCUGGCCGGACAAGUCAGGCAUGGAUGGGUCUAUCGAGUUAUCCCGUCUGAUUAUGGCGUGCAUGAUGCUGGAUGGGCGUUAA